UGGUUUGGGGAGUCAUUUUAUUGGCUAUACUUUAUGGUGGGUAUAGUUGAGCAUUCUGUUCAUCAAGCGCGCAUCACAACUAGCCUACUCGUGUUGUCUUGACCAUCUCUCAUUUGUAUUUCACUCAAUUGAUCUGGAAAGGAGGCGGAGAAUUCUUUUCUCCUUGUUAUGCCGAAGAACAUGUGAUUAGCAUUACGGUAGGCUACUUCAACUAUUCUUGACUGCAGUUAAACUUCCGAAAGGAUUCGAGCAACUAGCGGAUUUACAUCGCAGGUGAAGGCAGUCUACAGCUCCAGCAUGUUAUCCGCCACUCCCGUCCCCAAUAAGCUAGAUCUGUCCAGGCUGACUGAUGACGAAGCGAAGCACGUGUGGGAUGUCAUCCAGAGGGAUUUUGAUCUCAGGAAGAAAGAGGAGGACAGACUUGGGGACCUGAAGACAAAAAUCGAGAAAGAGGACACCAAACGCGAGCUUUUGGGCACACAGACCAGCCUGACGGAUUCCCACUGCAUUCGCUGCCUGCAGCCUUUUAAAUUCCUGGUCAAUAGCAAGCGCCAGUGUCUGGACUGUCAGCUGUACACCUGCAAGGCCUGCAGCCGCUACAACAAGAAGGAUCGCGGCUGGGUGUGUGACUCCUGCCGCAUGGCCAGAGUUCUGAAAAUUGGCACCUUGGAAUGGUACCACGAAAAUGUGCGCUCCCGUUUCAAGCGCUUCGGAAGUGCCAAGGUGAUGCGGUCCCUGUACAAGAGACUGAACGGAGAACGCGGCUCCCAGCCAGAUCUCUCAGGUAUCUAUGAUAGCCAUGAAGAAGAUGGCUUGGAUUGGCCGAGAUGCAAACCGGGUCAUAAAUCCAAGCGUCGGCUUACGGUCAACCCACCCGAUUUCGAUCUGGACAACGAAUACUCCUCUCACUCUCCUCCUCCCCCCUUCCAGCAGACUACAGAACAGGAAGGCUGGAAGGGGAAAGAUCUGGAGUUUACCACAAACCGGCGGAAGAGCUUGGAAAAGUCCACGCGCUCUGAUGAAGGGGGGUAUCAGCCGCACAGGAUGAAACGCACGCGCUCCCUGUCCAAGAUCGGCAAUUCCAACGGCCCCCAGCACCUCCUCCGCAACGAGGUGGACACCUCGGACGAGGAGAGCUGCGGCCGCGCUCCCUACCAGUCGGGGCCCCUGCGCCGCCACAGCCGGGCCGCCCUGCAGGAGGGCGUGGGGCAGACCGCUCCCCCGAUCACAGAACUGAACAGGCGCAUGUCAGCCAUCGAGGGUCUCCUGAACCAUCUGGAGCAGAAAAUGCCUGUGCCCCCUCGACAGCUGGAGCCCCUGACGGUGGUUCAGCUGGAGGAGGAGAACCUGCGGAUGAAGCUCGGGGAGCUGAAGAACAUCAACGAGAAUGGCGUCUCCUCAGAGGACGAGGAGGCCAGGAGGCCCCCUGUGCUGAGGGAGGUCCGGAGAAGGAGCAGCGUGGCUCCUGUGAGCCAUUUGCCCUUUGAGCGACUGCUGAAUGCCUCCAGUGACGAGAUUCCCUCUGACGAACAGAAGAGAUCCAUGGCCGCAGCCCUGUGUGACAUCACAGCUGAGUUUCUGAGAACCAUAAAUGCAACCGAAAAGGCGAUGGCACAGUUCAUUCCCCCUAAGUCUAACGCCCCGUGCCCGUUAACGGGGACGGACGCCACGCAAGCUGAUGAGGCUUACAGGAAUCUUGAGGAAAAUGUCUACAUGACAGCAGGUAAAUCCUAUGACCUGGAGAAGAAUUUGCAAGACCUGGAAGAGACCGCCAAGAGUCGCUAUUGUGGUAACACUGACUCUGAGCUGUCAGAGCUGGAGGAUAAGGUGGCGAAGGCCGCUGUUAAGGUGCAGACCGCAGAGAGUGAGGUCUCUGAAAUAGAAAACAAGAUCGCUGCAUUGCGAGCGGGAAUGUCUGUGGAGAAGUCUAAGAGAAAGGCAUCAGUCACAGCCCAAAGGAGAAGACUGUCCCUCGACUUUCCUAUAAAAACUAGCAAUGAUUCUGGAUUUGGCAAGACGCCCUCAGCAGUGUGAUUGUCCCCUGAUGUCCGGGGAGCUUCUCCAUUCAGUUUUGUGCUGCGAUUCUUUUGGAGCUGCGUUCCCCUGUUACAGAUCUGCUGGUGUCAAUCAGAGGCCUUGAGCUCCUCCCCUUCAGCAAACAGUACAGCAGAGAUCAUCCAAAUCCAAAUCCAGCCCUGGUUUUCUUUCCU